AUGUCAGAGGAGGACAAGAUGAACACUCCCAAGCCCUUGGCUGCCCUUAACUCCCCUAACAGCCCCCGAGCCGAGUCGCCGACUACUGCGCGUCCGAUGGACUUUGACGAUGAGCCCCAAGAGACCGGAGUUGUUACUUCUUCCCCUGUGGCUGCUCAGCCAGUCGCCCAGCCAGCCGCCGCCGAGGCAGCCCCGCCAAAGCCGCCCCGGCCCCUGAACCCGAGAGAACAAUCAGAGAACACCCUCAGGGAAGCAUUCCCAAGUAUCGAGCCUGGCGUCGUCAAAGCCGUCUUGACCGCAAGCAAUUGGAAUGUCGAACGGGCGUUCAAUGCCCUCCUGGACCUCUGCUCGCAGCAGAGCACUGCUGCACAGCGACAAUUGGAAGCCGAUGAGAUGUAUGCGCGUCAACUAUCGGAGCACUACAAUGCGACAGGACGUCGCGCACCGCCCUCGAACUGGGAGCGCGACCCCCGAUACCAGCGACCUAGAGGCAGCGAGGAGUCGGAUGAAAGAGAAUACAGCUUCUUUGAUGAUGAUCUACCUGUGAUCCGCGAGAACCUCCGCAAGGGCUUCCUGGAGACCCAGAGUAAGGUUAACUCAUGGGUAACAAACCUGAAGAAGAGGAUUGACGGCGAGGAUUUGGACGAGGAGCCUAUUCAGAAUCAAAGAGAGACUCUGGCCAAUACCCGGCCCCGACGGAGUGGUGAUAUGGGCCGUCGCAGCGGAGAUCGUGAGCGCUAUGACGCAGACCCCCAACUUCUCAGCGAUGAUUUCUCUGCUCUGGAGUUGAGAGAUGGUGAAGCUCCCCCGCCACGCCCCCCUCGCCCGGGCCAGUCUGGCUUUAAACAGUCCGCGUCUCCUUCGCCAGACAGGCGCAGAGUGUCAUUCCAGGAUGGACCGCCCACUGAGAUUGACAACCUUUACGACUCCUCCACCCCGGCUAAACGUCUCAGCUCAACGGGCAGCAAGUCAAGCAAAUGGCAACCAUUGUCCAGCGUCGCGCCUUCUCCCGUCGCGGAGAACGACCCAUUCAGUCUGGGCGAUAGCGACGACGAGAAGGAAACUAAGACUAAGGAGCACACUACUGGCUCAGAGAGCGAUCAACUCAAGCAUGCUACUGUCGAGUCAGUGUCAGAACCCGUUAGUUCCUCCAAGGACCAGGAGACCAAGGGGGCGAUCAAGCCCACUGAGUCAAGAUGA